GGCCACGAACUGCCAGCGGCGUCUGCCUCCGCGCCGGCCUCCCCGCCGCGGGCGCCCUCCCCGCCGCGGGCGCAGCACGACCCUUCGGCACACGGAUGGAGACCGGGCCCUGCGAGGACCUGCCCCCGCGGUUCUGGCUCGCGCGGCUCCAGCCACCGCCGUGAGCACGGGACCCUAAAGAAUGGCCGAGCCUUGGGGGAACGAGUUGGCGUCUGCAGCUGCCAGGGGGGACCUAGAGCAACUUACUAGUUUGUUGCAAAAUAAUGUAAACGUCAAUGCACAAAAUGGAUUUGGAAGGACUGCGCUGCAGGUUAUGAAACUUGGAAAUCCAGAGAUUGCCAGGAGACUACUACUUAGAGGUGCUAAUCCCGAUUUGAAAGACCGAACUGGUUUCGCUGUCAUUCACGAUGCAGCCAGAGCAGGUUUCCUGGACACUUUACAGACUUUGCUGGAGUUCCAAGCUGAUGUUAACAUCGAGGAUAAUGAAGGGAACCUGCCCUUGCACUUGGCUGCCAAAGAAGGCCACCUCCCUGUGGUGGAGUUCCUCGUGAAGCACACGGCCAGCAAAGUGGGGCAUCGGAAUCAUAAGGGGGACACCGCCUGCGACUUGGCCAGGCUCUACCGGAGGAACGAGGUCGUUAGCCUGAUGGAGGGAAACCAGGCAGAGGGAGCUUCGAAUUUGCAAUGAAUGUGGGGAGGGCUCUCCCACACUGCCUUCUAUUUUGUCAUUAAUUGGUUGGCUGUCCUAUUUUACUAUCACUUGUUAAAAAUCCAGUUUUGUCAUACUUUAAGCAGCUAGUUAAAUCUUCUCAUACUGCAAAGUGGAAAUCUUACUACAGGUUUAUGAAUAUAUUUAAGCAACAUCUUUUCCACCUGCAAAAUCUUGAGUUCUAACAUGUAAUUGCAAAUAGCUUUGGCUUUCUCCUGAAUAUGUUAUCUCGCCUUGACUUUUUCCUUGCUUCUCCCUUUGCCAGUCUCAAAACCCAACUUAGAGACUUUGUUUUAAAAAUGAUUUGUCCUGAUGUUUCUUUUGCCUAAUUAAAACACUUUUUUUAAAAACA